UUGAGUAGUAUAUAAACAUGUACUGAAAACCAUUCAGUAUCGUAGCAAACUGCUCUGCACCCGUGAGUGCAAGUGGUUUGUUUUGGAAAGAGAGAUUAGAGAAUUACGGCGAUAUCUGUCGAUCUUUAAAUGCAAUCCACUUGAAGUGAUAUAGAUAUUUAAACUGAGCAUUUCAUCUGUCGGAUUUUAGCUCUUAUUUUCGUAAGUUGUAAGUUAACUUGUCUGCUUGGAGAAGACAGAAUAUUGAACAGAAUCGCCAUAGUGCAACUACGGUGGUUAUCUUCUCGGAGUUUUCAGAAGAGAUAGAAUACGAAUUUCGUGUGCGUGGUUAACAUGUGCUCAAUGGAUGCCAUGUCAGAGGCAGAUACGCAGUUCCUAAGAAACAAUACCAGUGACGGGGACAUUUGGGGUGUUUACAAAACAUUCGCAAGUGACUAUAUACCGGAUGCAUGGAUUCCAGUCAUAUCAUUACUUCGAAAUUCUGAAUAUAAUCCUUGGCUGUUCUCCAUGAUUGGAUCAGCAGUAAUCGGUCUCAGUGGUGUGUUCCCCUUGCUUGUCAUACCGAUAGAAGACGGAGCCAACCUAAAAUCUGGAGGUGGUGCCCGCAGUUUGCGAGUCCUGCUUAGCUUUGCUGUAGGAUGUUUGUUGGGAGAUGUGUUCCUGCAUCUCCUGCCGGAAGUUUGGAUGGAACAACAGCAAACUCUCGUUGACCCACUUAUUUCACAUCCAUCCAUGAACAAAGGACUAUGGGUGCUAGCUGGCUUGCUGAUCUUUAUUGUACUGGAGAAAGUAUUCACUUCUGUGCCAGGAAAUGUGGACAUCCAGAAGGCAAUCACAGACAUAAAUAUUAGACAGGAAAAUGGAUACAUUCUUAAUAACAAUGUUAAAGAACUUGUCAAUGGUUAUGCAAAUGGCCACUGUGCAAGUGUAAGGACAACAUCAAACACACAUGAGAAAAUGUCCCUCAUUACUCCACUCAAAUCAACAUCUAGAAAGGUGAGUGGGUACCUGAACCUAAUGGCCAACUCAUUUGACAACUUCACUCAUGGUCUGGCAGUGGGAGGCAGUUUUCUUGUAUCUUUCCCUCACGGCGUCCUGACGACUCUUGCCAUCCUCCUCCACGAGAUUCCUCAUGAAGUUGGGGACUUUGCCAUUCUCCUGAGAUCAGGAUUUUCACGAUGGGAUGCAGCACGAGCCCAGAUUGCUACAGCAUCUACAGGAGUUAUGGGUGCUCUCACAGCUGUGGCUCUCAGUGGGGCAACAUCUCCUGUUGAAGCUCGGACAUCGUGGAUACUGCCAUUUACUGCAGGUGGGUUCCUGCACAUCGCACUAGUCACUGUGUUGCCAGAUCUUCUUCAGGAGGAGAACCCCAAAGAAUCACUGCUUCAUUUGGCAUCCUUACUUGCAGGAAUUGGCAUCAUGGCAGCUCUUAUUGUGGUUGGUGAAUAGAUGAUCGUAGUCGUUCAGUUGGUGUUCCAUUUUGAACAAAGGGACAGACAGCAGUUUGCUUAUCUGUUUCCCAUUACUCUUAUAAUCAACAUGAUAUUGUUUUACUUGAGUAGAAGCCAUGGCUUUCUGUUGUCUUAGGGACAUAUUUUAUUCUGCCUUUAUAAACAGGAUAUAGUAUUAUUAAUAUAUUUUGUACAGCCAAGGAAUUUAAUUGGUUGGUAAUGAUAUUGAAAGAUAAUUUCAUUUCUCUAAAUUCUUAGGUCCAUGACUACAAUACAAACCCAUAUGUGAUGAUUCCAGAGCAUUGGUGAUGCAGUGCACAUUGUAUGAAUAUAUGUGCAAAUGUGUGAUUUGUGAUUUGGAACUAAAUGUCAUUUUUACUCUGAAUUAAUUUUGUCUUUUGUUUUAGUAGCAUAAUGGAGAGCACUGCAAGAUGUAAAGGAGAUGUUUAGUUACAUACAGUUGAGCGUUGUUACCAGUGUACAUGUACAAAUUACACAUUCUAACAGCUGUGAUUCGGACUCAUGGUAAUUUGAUCAUGAAGGGUGCUUUAACAAGUAUUUUUGUGCAGUUUCUUAAUGAUUAUAUGAAUGCAUAAUGAUUUUGUUGUAUAAACUUCUUGUAAUUUA